GUGUCGUCGUGGUUGGCGGUUUCUGCUCGUCCGUAUACGUUAAAUGGAAUGAACUCAAAAAGUUUCAAAUCUGGGUGUUGAGUAAAUUUUUUAGAGAGAAAUUCUUUGAGAUUCAGAUCUGUAAACAAAUACCCAACAAGCACAAACAAUCACAGUAACAAAAUGGCGACAGUGUCUCCACUCGCUAAAUACAAGCUGGUGUUCUUAGGAGAUCAAUCUGUAGGCAAAACCAGCAUCAUCACUCGCUUCAUGUACGAUAAAUUCGACACGACUUACCAGGCUACCAUUGGGAUUGAUUUUUUGUCCAAAACAAUGUACCUUGCAGAUCGGACGGUUCGUUUACAGCUUUGGGAUACUGCUGGGCAAGAAAGAUUUAGGAGUCUCAUACCAAGCUAUAUCAGGGAUUCUUCCGUUGCUGUAAUUGUCUAUGACGUGGCUAAUAGGCAAUCAUUUUUGAACACUUCUAAGUGGAUUGAGGAGGUACGAACAGAACGAGGCAGUGAUGUCAUUAUUGUCCUUGUUGGGAACAAAACUGAUCUUGUUGAGAAAAGGCAAGUUUCCAUAGAGGAAGGAGAUAACAAGGCAAAAGAGUUUGGAGUAAUGUUUAUAGAAACCAGCGCAAAAGCAGGGUUCAAUAUUAAGCCUUUAUUCCGGAAAAUUGCUUCUGCCUUACCGGGGAUGGAAACGCUUUCUUCAACGAAACAAGAAGACAUGGUUGAUGUGAACCUCAAGCCUACUGUCAAUUCAUCCCAGAAUGAGCAGCAAGGAGGCGGUUGCGCAUGUUAGAGAUUUUGUAUUUAAAAAAAAAAAUGAAGACAGGAAUUGAAGCACUUUCAAUACUCAAUUAUACCCCCAACUGAAAUCAGAAUACAAGAGGAAUGGUGAUUUUGACAUGAACUACUCUGACAGCAAGAAGAUAAUUGCAACAGAUUGGUGCCAUUUGUUCAAUAUGCCAUCCAGGUUUCAAUUUUCUUGGGGCAGAAAUCCACAAGGUGGUAAAAUCGACACUUGAUUUGUUUCAUCAUAUUUGUUAAUUAUUAAUUUUUAUUUUGUGAUUUCUUUUCACUGAAACUUCUUUCUUCUUUGAGUGAUUCUUGAACAGUAUUCUAUUUUAGUUUUUUUUUUUUAAUUGACAUAGAAGGAAAUUCUUAGCUUA